UCAAAUUUGAAAAAGAAAACGAACACUUCCUAACAAAUUCUGGAGACGUUGCUAAUAAUUUCAAGAAUUACAAUUUCCCAUGUCUUUAAACAGCUUCAAGGAGACACUCAAGCCCUGCACUGCAAUUCAAUCAUCUUUCUCACAAUCUUCUUCAACACGUUCGUACAAUUUCGACACAAAAUCUGUAAACCCUAGAAAACCCCCUAAAUCUUCUUUGUCCCAGCAACUUCUACGACUCGAGGAUCACACUUCUUUGCUUCAAACUCAACCACCACAAACUCCCAAUAAGCAGAACCAUUUUGAUUUGAAAAGCAAAUAUGAAAAAUCAGAGGAGGAGGAAGAAGAAGAAGAAGAAAAGCCCGUUGGGUUUGGGAGGCCCAAAUUGGAUUUAUUAUUGCUAGAUCAAACAGGACCUUACGAGCCUUUGGUUCUGUCUUCACCGGGUCAAAAGCCUGUUGUCCAGGUUCCAGCAUCUAUAAACUGUAGGCUUUUGGAGCAUCAACGAGCAGGAGUGAAAUUUUUGUAUAGCUUGUAUCAGAAUAAUCAUGGAGGAGUUCUUGGAGAUGAUAUGGGACUUGGUAAAACCAUCCAAAGCAUUGCAUUCUUAGCUGCUGUAUUUGGUAAGGAUGGAGACUUACCUGAAUCAACAGUCUCGAAGGAACACCCAAGAACAAGGGUCCCUGUACUAAUAAUUUGUCCCUCUUCUUUGAUCCACAACUGGGAAAAUGAGUUUUCCAAGUGGGCAACAUUUAGUGUUUGCAUUUAUCACGGGCCAAACCGUGAUUUAAUGAUUGACAGACUAGAAGCACGUGGAGUGGAGAUACUUAUAACCAGUUUUGAUACAUACAGAAUCCAUGGACACAUUUUAUCAGAUGUUGAUUGGGAGAUUGUGAUUAUUGAUGAGGCUCAUCGGCUUAAGAAUGAGAAAUCAAAACUGUACAAGGCAUGUUUAGCAAUUAAGACCCUAAAACGUUAUGGUCUUACAGGAACAAUAAUGCAGAAUAAAUUAAUGGAAUUGUUCAACCUGUUCGACUGGGUGAUACCCGGUUGCUUGGGGACACGUGAACACUUCCGAGAAUUUUACGAUGAGCCCCUUAAACAUGGUCAGCGAUCAAGUGCUCCAGAUAGAUUUGUUCGAGUUGCUGAUGAGCGAAAACAGCACUUAGUAUCAGUUCUGCACAAAUAUUUGUUAAGAAGGAUAAAGGAGGAAACUAUUGGACAUCUCAUGUUGGGGAAGGAAGAUAAUGUUGUAUUUUGUGCAAUGAGUGAACUGCAAAAACGGGUUUAUCAGAGAAUGCUACAGUUACCUGAGGUACGAUGCCUUAUCAAUAAGGAUCUCCCUUGUAGUUGUGGAAGCCCUCUCAAGCAAGUCGAAUGUUGCAGAAGGACGGUUCCAGAUGGUAUCAUCUGGUCUUACCUUCACAGGGACAAUCCAGAUGGUUGUGAUUCAUGCCCUUAUUGUGUCGUUCUUCCUUGUCUCAUGAAGCUCCAGCAGAUAAGCAAUCACUUGGAGCUUAUCAAGCCUAAUCCAAGGGAUGAUCCAGAUAAACAAAGAAAAGAUACAGAAUUUGCUGCUGCUGUAUUUGGUAAGGACAUUGAUUUGGUAGGAGGACAUACUCAGAAUAAGAGUUUCUUGGGCUUAAGUAAUGUUGAACAUUGCGGGAAAAUGAGAGCAUUGGAGAAACUAAUGUCCUCUUGGGUUUCACAAGGUGACAAGAUUCUUCUUUUCAGCUAUUCUGUAAGGAUGCUGGACAUACUUGAGAAAUUUAUUAUACGCAAAGGCUAUGGCUUUUCAAGGCUUGAUGGUUCCACCCCAACUGGCCUGCGCCAGUCUCUAGUCGACGACUUCAACUCUAGUCCUAGCAAACAGGUGUUCCUUAUAUCAACAAAAGCUGGUGGACUUGGCCUCAACCUCGUUAGUGCAAAUCGUGUAGUGAUAUUUGAUCCAAAUUGGAAUCCUGCCCAAGAUUUGCAGGCCCAGGACAGAUCAUUCCGAUUUGGACAGAGGCGGCAUGUUGUUGUUUUCCGCUUACUUGCGGCCGGUUCUCUUGAAGAACUUGUUUACACUCGUCAGGUCUACAAACAGCAGUUAACAAACAUUGCUGUCUCUGGAAAAAUGGAAAAACGCUAUUUUGAGGGAGUUCAGGAUUGUAAGGAGUUUCAAGGGGAGCUAUUCGGUAUCUGCAAUCUUUUCAGAGAUCUAUCUGACAAACUCUUCACAAGUGAGAUCAUUGAAUUACAUGAAAACAAGAGAAAGGAAGAUGGAACUCAUUCAAAACAGGAUUUGAGUGGGAUGUAUUUUGUUCCUGAGAAAGAAAUAACUACAGCAUCUUUGGUGGCACCUGAAAGCAGUAAACAUAAAGAAGAGGAGGGCAGAGCAGUUGCUCCAAUGCUUGAACACCUCGGUAUUGUAUAUGCUCAUCGGUUUGAAGACAUUGUUGAUCUUGGACCAGCAGUGACGAAAGAGAAAAAAGAACAGACUGUGCAUCUAAAUAAUGCUCCAGGGUUGCCAGAGUGUUCAACCGUUGGGAAGAGGAAAUCAGAUGCCAUAACUGGGAAGGAGAAUGUAGGAACUGGCAAUCCUAUAAAGAUGCGCAAAAAGAACCAAUUUAGCCUCAUUGCCUGUUUCAUGGGCAUGGAAGAGGUUCAGUUUAGCAAAUGGCUCUUAUCUGCAACUCCAGCAGAGCGUGAAAAGGUACUAAAAGAUUAUCAUAAGGAGAAAGGAUAAAAUUCAUGACUUUUAUGACAACUUGUAACUUCUGUAACAUAUAUUCUGUACAGGUGCUUCUUUUUUCUUUUCUUUCUUUUAUAUACUCCACUUCUUAGUGUGUACAGGAAAGUGUUUAGGCUGUCCAUUGUAUGUGUAUCUUCAUUGUUUUAGAGUAUAAACAGUUCACACUUGAAUAAAUAGGGAGAUAAUAGUAGUCCAAAGUUAGUACAA